AAUAGCUCCCGACCCGAAGCACCGUCAACGAACAGCUACCUCUGGGGACAGCGACCUCAAUCGACCGCCCUGCGACCCGACCCAGCACAGCAGAGGCCAAUCCGACUCGGCGCGCACACACACACACCUACUAGAAGUCAUGCGGCGGACACUCAGACUGCUUGCGGGCGUCAAGCCCGCCCGGUACCUCACCCCCGGCAACCCGACCGGCCUCACUGGCCUCUACACACACAGCUCGCCGCGGUCGAGCCUGAUCUACCUCUACUCCAAGACGCUCGACCAGCUCAAGGAGUUCCCCGAGUCCUCGGUGUACCGGCAAUCGAUCGAGGCACUGACCAAGCACCGCCUGAGCAUCAUCCGGGCGGCUGUGCCCCCGGGAUACGACGAGUGGGCGGCCAAUGCCGCCAAGAUCAUCCAGGAGAACCCGGAGGAGUUUGAGGUCAACGCCGAGACCACCCUCGACGGCGUCCACGCGUCCACUGUCACAGCUGGCGGUGACGUCUUCCUUUACCGCUCCGACCCGACCGAUGAGGACCCCCGCGAUAUCGAGUGGGAUGGCGAGGCGCCCGAGCGCGGCAACCAGGGCCUCCGCGCCGAGCAGGAGCGCUACGAGCUCGGAUACCUCGAUGCCAAGUCCCUCGAGCACCCCAAGAAGGUCGAGUGGACUCCUGAGCCGCAAUUGACUGCCAACCAGAUCGAGGAGCUUGAGACCAAGAUUGGCGCCGGCCUCAUUGAGGAGGUGGUUCAGGUCGCCGAGAACGAGCUGAAGCUCGUCGAGGUCAUGAAGGAGAACAAGGUCUGGGAGAGCCUGGAGGAGAAGCCUCCGGCGGGCCAGUGGGAAUACUUUGAGCGGAACUCUGCCUAAGCGGAUGGGGGGAUGUAUGAGUAGAUUGGAUCGCGACUGUACAUAGGACACGGAAAGCGGAAUGCUUGCCGAAAUAAAGCAGCGAUUCAUUGUUCA